AUGCCUCAAAUCACAAUCCUCCCCCACAACCCCCUCUGGCUCAGCAAAUUCGAAGCCCAAAAAAAGAUACUCCAAGAAAUCCUAGCCUCCCUCCCCAUACUCUCCAUCCAACACGUAGGCUCCACCUCCAUCCCCUCCCUACCAGCCAAACCCGUGUUAGACAUCGACAUCAUCGUCCAGCGCUCCGACGUCCCUCUUGUAAUCGCCGCCCUCGUCGCCGCAGGCUACACAGACCUCGGCACCUUUGGCAUCGCCGACCGCUGGGCAUUACGGCAACCAGGCUACGGGAGAGGGGACGAGGCGCUAGGCGAUGAAGAAGAUAUGCGGAUGAAUACGUAUGUGAUUGUCGAGGGCAGUCUGGCGUUACGGAAUCAUUUGGAUGUUAAGAGGGUGUUGUGUGGGAAUGAGGGGCUGAGGAGGGAGUAUGCGGAUACGAAGAGGAGGUUGGUUGAGCAGGGAGUGGAUUUGGAUGGGUAUGUUAGGGGGAAGAAUGAGGUGCUUUUGAGGGUUUUGGGGGAGGCGGGGUGGAGUGAGGGGGAGUUGGAGGAGGUUAGGAGGGCUAAUGAGUGA